UCUGAAGUUCAUCUACAACGUCCAGCUCGCGCUGAAAGUACCCUUUCGAUGCGUAGUCCAGAUGCGUCGUCCUGUGUAACUGUGUUCGGACUUUCCUGCCCAGUCCUCCAUGCGGAACGCGGAGGGAUCGACGGAUCUUGGCGCAUGACAUGACAUGCAUUUGUCGCCAUCGCUUUCCACAGGAGUCCGCCGGGCCUGGGCCGAGCUCAGCAUUUUACUCAGCCUCCGAGGCUCCUUCCUAAAGCCCAGCUAACGCUGAACUUCCAUCUCCACGCCGCCCCCUCGGGGAACACCAUCUACAGUCAGCAUCCGUACGCCUCCGACGGUUUACAAAGGCGCAGGACGCACAUCUCUACACACUAUCCCGACGUCCACCACCCCGAUCAUGGAUCCCCUGCUAGAUCUCCCCGAUGCCUUGAAGGCGCAGCUCCCGCCGGACCACUUCCUCGCGCAGCCGCGUCCGGACGCGAACGCAGGCGUCCCCGAUGGCGCGGUCGACACCACUACGCUCGCGGCGCACGACUUCGAUGUCGACAACCGGACGGGCUUCAUGCCUCCGCAACCUCCUCUAACGCGUCUUCCGGCGGCGUACGAGCCAUGGGAGGUGGUCCUGGAUGAUGCGAUCGCCCAGCGCUUACAAGUCGGUGAUAAGCCGGGACUUCAUUCAGCUGAGGCGGCCAAGUCGGCGACAUGGCGUGCGAGGGUAGACGAGAUGCCUUUGCUCCCCACCGAAACCCUCCGAUCAUCUGAACGCGUCUUGCGGCGCGCGCAUCAAGUCCUCGCAUGGAUCCUGCACUUCUACGUCCAUACCCUACCUUCAGAUGCCUCGUCGAUCACUAUCCCCGAGCCCCUCAGCCUGCCUCUCCUCCGCGUAUCUGCCGCCCUCCAGCUUCCCCCGGUGCUCACCUAUUCCGACACCGUGCUCUACAACUGGGCCCCCAAGGAUGACUCGCGCCCAUCUCCCGCCGCGGAUAACCUGCGCAGCAACCUCCUCUUCACGGGCACGCGCGACGAGGAGGAGUUCUACCUUACCUCCGCGCGCAUGGAGCUCUGCGGCGUCGAGGCGCUCGAGUUGAUGCGUUGCACGCUCGACGAGGCGUUCGUGGGCGACGAUCUCGCCCUGAAGCGCAUCGCCUCGUACCUCUGCCGCCUCGCCAUCGUGAUCAAGCAGUUGCAGACCACGCUCGUCUCCGUCCGCGAGGGCUGCGACCCCGCCGUCUUCUUCAACGACGCGCGCCCCUGGAUGCGCGGCGCGGACUCGGGGCCUAACAAGCGCCCCUGGGUCUUCGCCGGUCUCGACAGUGCACCCGACCUCGCGCCGCCCACCGAGCUCUCUGGGCCCUCCGCCGGGCAGAGCGCGCUCAUCCACGCGCUCGACGUCUUCCUCGGCCUCGCGCGCGAAACGCACGACGCGGGCGCGGAGGCCGCCGCCGCGGAGGGCCGCGCCGCCUUCCUCCGCCGCAUGCAGCGCUACAUGCCUCGGCACCACCGGCGCUUCCUCGACCACCUCGCCGCGGGGCCGCGGCCGCUCCGGGCGCUGGUGCUCAGGGCGGGGAGUGAGGAGCUGACGGGGGCGUACAACGAUGCGGUGCGCGCGAUGAAGGAGUUGAGGGAUGCGCAUAUGGUGAUUGUGACGCUGUACAUCAUACAGCCGGCGCGGAAGGCGGAGAGGGCGGCGAGAGAGGCGAGGGGUGAGGCUGCAUCCGCGCCGGAGGAGGCAAAGCCAUUGAAGGGCACGGGCGGGACAGAGCUGGCGCAGUUCUUGAAGGGCGUGCGCGACAGGACGGCGCGAGGCCUGCUUCCUGCGCAGGCCACGGAGUAGAGGACCUGCAAGGGACGCAGUAAAAGGAUUGCAAGGGGAAGAAGUGCAAGGAUCUAUUGUUAUGUGAUUAAGGUUAAGUAUACCAGCCCUCGUUCUUGGAUUUUGCUUGUAUCUACGGAUGGGAUUUUCCCACCGUUGCUGUAGAUGUAUACUGCGGAAUAAUUCCGUUUGUAUUGUCCUGCGCUUGUCCGAGACACCCAACGCCAUUGACAUUAUGAGCAGUGACUUGGAAGCCUCG